AUGGGAAGCGUUAACCUCUCCGUCAACAGCGUCGUCAAUGCUGCCGCCUCCGCCAUCGUCAACGCUGAACCCAGACUCGACGAACCUGACACCGAGCCGAAAAAACGCUGGGGAAGCUGCUGGAGGUUUUAUUGGUGUUUUGGAUCUCAUAAAAGCAGCAAGAGAAUUGGCCAUGCUGUGCUUGUUCCUGAACCUGUUGAACCAACUGGCCCAGCUGCUAAUACUGGAUCAAAUCCUUCAACUGCCAUUGUACUGCCAUUUGUUGCCCCUCCCUCAUCACCUGCAUCUUUUGUCCCAUCUGAUCCUCCAUCUGCUACUCAAUCACCGUCUGGAUUACUUUCUCCCUCUUCCCUCGCUGUCGACGAUUACUCUUCUGGUGGACCUGCAUCCAUUUUUGCCAUAGGUCCUUAUGCCUAUGAGACUCAGUUAGUCACACCACCUACAUUUUCUAACGUCACAAGUGAACCAUCUACUGCUUCUUUUACUCCACCUGCUGAAAGUGUGCAACUGACAUCACCAUCAUCCCCUGAGGGGCCAUUUGCUGAAUUUUUGACAUUUAAUUAUGAUUUUCAGCAUUAUCAACAAUAUCCUGGAAACGCUGGUUGCCUACUCAUAUCACCCGGUGGAUCAGUCAUUUCCGCUUCUAGCGGCUGUACCCCUUUCCCUGAUAGACACCCAAUUCUUGAAUUUUCCAAAGGGGAAGCACCAAAGCACUUGGGCAUUGAUCACUUCUCAACUCCUAAAGGGAGUUCAAGGCUUGGAUCUGGAUCUUUGACACCAGAUAGUGCUGGGCAAGGUUCAAGACUAGGCUCAGGAUCUCAGACACCUGAUGCUGUUGGGCUAGCUUCACAACUAGUCUCUGGAUGUUUGACACCUGAUGGUGAAAGGCCAGCAGCUACAGAUGGCAUCUAUGUUGGAAAACGGAUUUCUGAGGUAGCAUCCCGUGCAAAUUCAGAGAAUGGGUGUCAAACUAAUGCAACAUUAGUCGACCGCAGAGUUUCAUUUGAAUUUACCGUGGAAGAUGUUGCACGAUGUCUUGCAAAUAAGCCAUGGCCAUUGUUUCAAAACAUGCCAGAGUCUUCAGAAGUUACACAGGUUGAAGACCGUGUUGACAACGAAAGGAUACAAAAAGACUCCAAUAGUUGUGGUGAUUUGUGUUCAAUGAAAACUUCGAAUGAUAAGCCUGACAAUGCUCCUGGAGAAGGAGAAGGAGAGGAGCAGUGCUAUCAGAAGCAUCAAUCUUCUAAUUCUUCCAAAGAAUUCAAUUUUGACAACACAAAAGGUGAUGUUUCUAAUAAUCCUGCCAAUGGCUCCCAGUUGGGGACCAACAAGAAGGUUGUUGAAAAGGAAGGAAGUACAAGCAACAGUUGGGCUUUCUUCCCAACGCUACAGCCAGAAAACAGUUAA